CGAUUGCCACGUAGGCGGAAGAAUAGCAUCAAGAAGAUGAUAGCGAUAAGGUCCUUGUUGUUUGUAAGCUGUGACGAUAUUCGUGUACUUUGACGUUGUGCUACGUAGUAAAGAAGGUGGCCACUCCGAUCGCUGAACAGCUGUGACGAGAAAAUACGUAACUGGUAAAGAAAAUUAUUUGUAAAUAUGGAAACAAAGACCGAGGCUGAAACGGUACAUAGGAGCCAAGAAUCUGAGGUUCCAACUGGCCUACAGAGGAUCAAUACAGUAACUCAAGCAGUGCCAGUAUCUGUGGUUAUGUCGUCCAUACCCAAUGCUUCGGUGCAAGUUCAAUCGGUUUUGCAACAGGGCAAUCAACCCUCAGUAAUACAGGCCACACCACUUCCUACAGUUCAAGUUCAGGUUGCGCAAGUAGAGGAGGAAGGUGGUGGUGUUCACUCAGAUGUAGAAAGGCGAAAACGACAAGAAAUACUGUCUCGACGACCAUCUUACAGGAAAAUUUUGAAUGAUCUGUCUUCGGAUGCUCCAGGUGUUGCUAAGAUAGAAGAAGAACCUGAGGAUACAGAGUCUGCUACGCUUACGGCAGCAUCAUUACAAAACUUCCCUGCAGUGUCUGGAGUCACCACAAUUCAGAUUGCAAACCAUCCGGAAAAUAUGCAGGGUUUACAGACUUUGACGAUGACGAAUGCGAAUGGAACCCCCGCAGGAACAAUAGUUCAAUCCAUACAAACGCAAGAUGGACAGCAGUUUUUUGUUCCAACCGCUACAGGGGAUGUCCAAGCGUACCAAAUUCGGCCAGCCACUGCUUCCAGCCUGCCAUCGGGAGUAGUAACUUGUGUGGCUGGCCAGGGGCCCCUACCAACCCCUCAGCAUAUUAUAGAGGCUGCUUCUAGGAAGAGACAACAAAGGCUUCUGAAUAACAGGGAAGCGGCAAGAGAAUGUCGACGGAAGAAAAAAGAGUACAUAAAGUGUUUAGAAAGUAGAGUUGCCGUGUUGGAAAACCAAAAUAAGACAUUGAUAGAGGAACUGAAGUCAUUAAAGGAACUUUAUUGUCAUAAAGCUGAAGAUGCAUAAAAGUGAAAUUUUUAUUGCAUUAUAAGAUUUCUGAAACCCAGAGCAAGGCUGAUGUAACAGUAACUUGGGUAAAACUGGAGUAUUUCUAUUCUUUAAGGAUGAAACUCCAGUACAAAGGAAGCACAUUGAGAACUUCAAAGAAUAUGUUAAAUCGGAACCAGGUGAUUGGAAUCUGUAUUAUAAGAAGACCGUUGAAAAACAUUUGAAAGGAGUUGGUUUUCUGGCUGCAUGGAAUGCUGGGUAUAUAAUGUAACAUAGGCUUGUAAUAUGAACUGAAAUUAUGUACAAAGUGUACGUGAAAAAAAUUACCAGAAAUGGGAUAGAGUAUUUUUCUUGGUAGUUCUUGUUGGUACAGAUGUUGUUAUCACAAUAACAAUAGAGAGUUGUUCUCUCACUGUCAACUGAUUUACAGUUUAUUUGUUUGUAUUCCUUGUACAUCUCCUCGGAGUAUCUUUAUUGUACAUGCAGUUCAUCAAUGUUAUAAUGGCUUCUGUGAGAUCUGUGAGACUCUUCAUUAAUUAGCAUGGGUUCACAUUUUAAAAAUGGGUCCAGAUUUCUCAUAUUUUGUGUGAAAUGGGUCAAGUUUUAAGAAAAUGGGUCCAGAUUUCUCAUAUUUUGUGUAAAAAGGGUCAAAUUUUAAAGAAAAUUGGUCCACAUUAUUUGAAACGCGUAAAGUGGGCCCACCAUCAUAUUGUCCCACACAGUUUGAAAAUCCUGGCUACAGCAUUGAUGGUGCAUGGUGUGUUUUCAGCUGAAAUUGUUUGGUUCGCUGGUAAUCUAUAAUGUUGAAACCAAUUAAUUGAAAUAUCUUAUGCAGUUGAUUAGGUUGUAAAGUUAAUGGUUGACACUACGUGUAUUUUACAUGAUGGUAAUGAAGUAAAAUGGUAGUGUUGGCACUGCAAAUUAUUAUCCUGCUAUUAUACUACUUGUUUUUAACAAUUUUUCAUAGUUAUUUCAAGUAGUAGUUUAACAAAAGAAAGUGGUUUAUGAGUACAUGGACAGUUGUUUUCAUACUACUGAAUGUUGGAGGGUGGAGUAUUCACCACUAAUAAUACUUUUGAAGACAUGUAUGAUGGAGAGAUAUUUGUAUGUAAGAGGUCCUUCUUUCUUUCUGUUUACAUUUUGUAUUGUUUUUUUUUUUCUUUAUGGAUUAUUAUCAUUUAUGUAUAGUAGCAUAAAACUCGUUGACAUUUAAUACAAAGUCCUUUUUAAUAUUACACUACACAGAGUAUCAAAAUAAUAAGCCAAUUUGUGGUUUGAAAUGCGCAUGCGUGUAUCUAGUGGUAUCCAAGUUCAAUCAACAUAAACCUAUAUUAUGUGUAUGGUUGUUUAUGUCAAUUGAACUUAAAUACAAGCGUGCGCAUUUUAAACUAUGAAUUGGCUUAUUACAUUAUGUAACUGUACUAUUGCAUUUAUUAGUUAUUCAUUUAUUACUAGUUUUGUAUUGACAUAUAUUUCUAUCCUGCUUAGAUUUAUUAUUUGGUUCGAAGAAAAUUAGUAUUUUGU